UCGAUCUAUCUCUCUCUCUAUCUCCAUACAUAUAUUAAAAUAUAUAAAUUUAAUAAGUAUAUAUAUAUGGCGCCGGUCGUCAAUGGAGAGACAUGUCACAAGGUGAACUUCGAUCCCCCCAGAAGCUUCUUGAAAACGUUCAAGUCGGAUUUAAAAGAAACUUUCUUCCCUGAUGAUCCCUUCCAUGACUUCAAAGGGAAGCCCUUACCCAUAAAGGCUAAGAAAGCCAUACAGUAUUUCGUUCCGAUAUUUGCAUGGCUUCCUAAAUAUAGUCGUAAACUGUUUAUGUAUGAUCUUUUAGCCGGAAUUACUAUUGCUAGCCUCGCUAUUCCCCAAGGAAUUAGCUAUGCCAAACUUGCUAACAUCCAACCAAUCGUCGGUUUGUAUUCGAGUUUCGUUCCCCCUCUAAUCUACUCAGUGUUUGGGAGUUCAAAGCAUCUAGCCGUUGGAACAGUAGCUGCAAGCUCGUUAAUCAUAGCUGCAACCAUCGAGACAAAAGUUGACCCAAUCCAAAAUCCCGAACUCUAUCUUAGUCUAGUCUUCACCGCUACUCUCAUCUCUGGUGUAACUCAAUUGAUUCUUGGUGUUUUUCGGCUUGGAAUAUUGGUAGAUUUCUUGUCGCAUUCUACGAUUACUGGCUUCAUGGGAGGGACAGCAACUCUUAUCUGCCUUCAACAAUUAAAAGGAAUUUUGGGUUUGAAGCAUUUUACUACUCAUACCGAUAUGGUAUCUGUUAUACAGGCCAUCGUCAAGAAUCGGAAAGAGAUAAGAUGGGAAAGCACGGUUGUUGGCGUAGUAUUCUUGGUGUUUCUCCAGUUUACAAGAUUUGUGAAGCAAAAGAAACCAAAGUUAUUUUGGGUGUCAGCGAUAGCUCCAAUGGUGGUCGUUGCAGUUGGAUGUGUCUUUGCCUAUGUAUCCCACGCCGAGAAACAUGGCAUUGCAAUAGUGGGUGAAUUGAAAAGAGGAAUAAAUCCUUCUUCGCUAAAAAAAUUGAAUUUUGAUCCCAAAUAUAUAUCAGCGCCAAUUCAAGCAGGCCUCAUAACAGCCAUGAUUGCUCUUGCAGAAGGAAUUGCAAUUGGAAGAAGCUUUGCAAUAAUGGAAAAUGAGCAAGUAGAUGGUAACAAAGAGAUGAUAGCUUUUGGUCUCAUGAAUAUUAUUGGAUCUUUCACUUCUUGCUACCUAACUACAGGACCCUUUUCAAAAACCGCAGUAAAUUACAACGCAGGAUGUAAGACACAAAUGGCUAAUGUAGUCAUGUCGAUAUGUAUGAUGUUAACAUUACUCUUCCUGGCACCCGUCUUUCGUUACACCCCUCUUGUUGCUCUUUCGGCCAUUAUCAUGUCAGCAAUGCUUGGUCUGAUUGAGUAUGAAAAAGCAUACCAUUUAUACAAAACCGACAAGUUUGAUUUCACCAUUUGCAUGAUCGCUUUCUUUGGUGUUGCCUUCAUUAGCAUGGACGUUGGCCUCAUGUUAUCGGUGGGGUUAGCAUUGCUGAGAGCCUUACUGUAUGUAGCAAGGCCAGCAAGUUCAAAGCUUGGUAAUAUACCAGAUACUGAUUUAUAUCGCGAUGUAGAACAGUAUCCUGGGGCCACUGGAAUUCCCAAGACUCUAAUUUUGCAACUUGGUUCUCCAAUCUACUUUGCUAAUGCCGGCUACAUAAGAGAAAGGAUUUUGAGAUGGGUUAGAGAUGAAAAGGCCAAUAAAGAUUUACAAGGAGAUGAUGUUGAGUAUGUUCUAUUAGAUUUGGGAGGUGUUACAUCUAUUGAUAUCACCGGUGUCGAAGCCUUAGUUGAAGUUUGCAGAAGUUUAGAGGUCAAGGAAAUCAAGGUUGUGAUAGUAAAUCCAAGACUAGAGGUCAUGGAGAAGUUGAUUGUUACAAAGUUCAUUGACAAAAUCGGGAAAGAACGUGUAUUUCUAUCUAUCGAAGAUGCAAUUGAGGGAUGCAGAUUUUCGCUCACUCGCCCGAAGGAUUUUGUUCACGAUGAACCUUGAAGUUAAAAAGAAAUCAGUAUCACUUUAACUGCAGGAACAACCAAUAUGAAAAUAACAUAUUGCUUAACUGUAUCUAUAUAUCAUGUGCGUGGUUAAUUGAAAAUGCAUGAAUCAUUUUUUGUAAAACAAAAGUUUUUACUAGAAUAAUAAGCAAUAGACCUACAAAUUGUGUGUUUGGAAUUGGAAAUCUACAUAGGAAGUACUGGCUAGAGCGUUUUUAUGUAAAAAUUAUCUCACUGGUCUUUGUAUCUUAUAAGAUCAGGUAAAAUGUUGAAAUGUACAUUGUACGUGCCAUUAGUGAGUUAUAACUUUAUUUAAUGUAUUUUGUACUAUUUUAAUAAAAAUUUAAUUUUCAUUUGUAA